AUGACAAUGGCUGAACGCCCUAUCGAAAUAAAUGUUGAUGUUGACGUGCCAGCACCCAAUCAGCAACAAAACCGCAACGGAGAUGCAAGAGCUCAAGGCCAGAACAAUACCCAGUUUGGGGUUGUACGUGAUCGUUUGUUCCAUGCAAUGCUGGUAAAGGUCGCAUUAAGUUAUAGCGCACAUGUGAGCAUGUUUUGGCGGAGAGUCAUUGAAUUUGUUUCGCUCCUAAUUGCGCUUUCUUUAUUGUUCACUCUUUUGUUCGUCCAUCUGAUGUUCACUCGUUCAUCAACCACUUGCCUUGAUCAUAUAAAGGACUCAUGGCCUAGAGAUGGCGUUGUUCGGCUCGAAGUGGUGCACAAUCUUCGUAUGUUAGAGUAUAAGGAAAACUGGAUCAACUGGUACAAAAAUGAGCGGAGGCAAAUGAGCUGUAUUUUCAAUCCAAUGGAUGUUUUACUGUAUGGUCCUCAAGCUAUGCCCGCCGAAUUGAGGGCGUCCAAGCCUCGACACGUUGGGAAACCAGUUCAGCAGAAGCGUGAAGAGCGUGAACCGCCUCGAGAAUCUGGGCUUCUAAGCUAUUUUCUACGCGUUCCAACCGAACUGCUAUUGAACAACGAUCAAUCGUCAGAUUAUGGCCCUUAUGAAGAAUACGAGGAAAGUGGGGACUAUUCUAGUACCGUUUUCGAACAAGAAACAGAUGCCGAAACAGCAUUUAGUGAACAUUUCCGACAAAGAUUCAAGCCUGAAGAUGCGUAUCGCUAUGAAUAUCGAGUAGAAUACUCUCUGCUCUACGGGAUUUUGCGUCUCCCUGUCUCUUUCCGACACAAACACAAUAUCACAACUUUGUGGGCGAGAGUUGACGCUGAUUCUGAGUGCUUUGGUGAUGCAUUUUCUCGACGUGUAAUGCGUGCAGUUGUUGGAUUUGAAGACGUUGUCAUGGCGAGUCUACGCGCUCUCGCACAAAACUCCAGCGAUGAUGAUUCAGCUGGACUUGGUUACCUUCAUGACUUAUCUACGAAUGAACACUUUCAUUUCGUUUCUUUUAUGAUGUCUAAAAGCAGCUACGUCACGGCAGCCAUUGUAAUGUUGAUCUUUACGUUUGCUAUUUCAAUGCUCCUCCGGUUCUCACACCAUCAGAUUUUUCUUUUUAUUGUUGAUCUGUUACACAUGUUCGAACUAAAUCAGCCGUUAGUUUUCCCUGCCGCUCCUCUACUAACUGUUAUUCUUGCUUUAGUUGGAAUGGAAGCGAUAAUGUCUGAAGUCUUUGCUGACACUACAACGGCAUUCUACGUGAUUCUUAUAGUAUGGAUAGCUGACCAGUACGACGCUAUUUGUUGCCAUUCCCAUGUCAGCAAACGAUUCUGGUUGAGGUUCUUCUACCUAUAUCAGUUCUUCUUCUAUGCGUAUCAGUACAGAUUUGGUGGGCAGUACGGUGGGAUGGCUCUAAUAACAUCAACGGCGUUCAUUAUCCAUUCUAUGAUUUUCUUCUUCCACCACUACGAGAUGCCUCUGAUUCUUUAUCAGGAUCGUCUGCAACGUAUCCUAACUGAAAUCAACACAGCUCCGCCAGCUGGGCCGCUCGACGUCCAACAAGUGACUGUCUCCAUUCAUACCCGAACUGUUGCUCCUGAUACUAACACUGCCGAGGACCGAUCCCGCGCUGGAUCUGAAGAGUCACCUCCUCAAGCACAGGAGGAUCCGUCAUCGCACAGUGCUGUUGGAGGAUCAUCCACCAGCUCAGACGCGGAAGUGGUAGUUACUGGAGAAACAUCGGUGGUGAUGAACUCCGUCUUUCCUCCAUCAUCUACAGGUCCUGUCGAAAGAGUUGCUGAAGAGGUGGUCUCUGAAGCAAUUGAUGAACUAUUUCUAUCAUAG